AGCCCCGGCACCAUGUGGACCUUCCUGGGCAUCGCCACCUUCACCUAUUUCUACAAGAAGUGCGGGGACGUGGUCACGCUGGCCAACAAGGAGCUGCUCCUGUGCGUGCUGCUCUUCCUGUCGCUCGGCCUGGUGCUCUCCUACCGCUGUCGCCACCGCCCCGGGACCCUGCACAGCGGCGGCUCCCACUUCGCCGUCUUCUCGCACGUCCUCUCCGCCUUGCCUCUCAUCGGCUUCCUGUGGGACAAGCCCCCGGCCGCCUCGGAAAAUCAAGAGCAGCUCGGGUCUCGGAGGCGCAGGAAAGGAGCCAUUAUUUCAGAAACAAGUUUAGUAGGAGCAACUGCUUCUUCCACAUCGAUACCAACUCAAAGUGAUCCAGAGGUUAUCAUCAUAGGAGCUGGUGUACUUGGUUCUGCUUUGGCAACAGUGCUUUCCAGAGAUGGAAGAAAGGUCACAGUAAUUGAGAGAGAUUUAAAAGAGCCUGACAGGAUAGUUGGAGAAUUUCUGCAACCAGGUGGUUGUUGCAGCCUUAAAGAACUUGGUCUUGAAGGUGCAGUGGAAGGUAUUGAUGCUCAUACCAUAAAUGGCUAUAUACUGCAUGACCGGGACAGCAAGUCAGAGGUUCAGAUUUCUUACCCUCUGUCAGAAAACCAACAAGUGCAGAGCGGAAGAGCUUUCCAUCAUGGGAGAUUCAUCAUGAGUCUCCGCAAAGCUGCUAUGGCAGAGCCCAAUGCAAACUUUAUUGAGGGCAUUGUGCUACAAUUAUUAGAAGAAGAUGAUGUUGUUAUUGGAGUUCAAUAUAAGGAUAAGGAAACUGGAGACCUCAAGGAACUCCAUGCUCCACUGAUUGUUGUUGCAGAUGGACUUUUUUCCAAGUUCAGGAAAAACUUGAUUUCCAAUAAAGUAUCUGUUUCAUCUCAUUUUGUUGGCUUUCUUAUGAAGAAUGCACCACAGUUUAAAGCAAAUCAUGCCGAACUUAUUUUAGCUAAUCCGAGUCCAGUUCUCAUCUAUCAGAUUUCAUCUAAUGAAACUCGAGUACUCGUUGAUGUUCGAGGAGAAAUGCCAAGGAAUUUGAGAGAGUACAUGGCUGAAAAAAUUCACCCACAAUUACCUGAUCAUCUGAAAGAACCUUUCCUGGAAGCCAUUCAGAAUUCUCGUCUGAGGUCUAUGCCAGCAAGCUUCCUUCCUUCUUCACCAGUAAACAAACGAGGUGUUCUUCUUUUGGGAGACGCAUAUAAUAUGAGGCAUCCUCUCACCGGGGGAGGAAUGACUGUCAUUUUAAAAGAUAUAAAAUUAUGGAGAAAAUUGCUAAAGGGUAUUCCUGACCUUUAUGAUGAUGCAGCGGUUUUCCAGGCCAAAAAAUCAUUCUACUGGACAAGAAAAACAUCCCAUUCUUUUGUUGUGAAUGUUCUUGCACAAGCUCUUUAUGAAUUAUUUUCUGCCUCAGAUGAUAAACUACAUCAACUAAGAAAAGCCUGUUUUCAUUAUUUCAAGCUUGGUGGAGGAUGUAUUUCAGGUCCUGUUGGGCUGCUUUCUGUACUGUCUCCUAACCCUCUAGUUCUAAUUGGACACUUCUUUGCUGUAUCAUUUUAUGCCACAUAUUUUUGCUUUAAAUCAGAACCUUGGAUUACAAAGCCCCGGGCCAUUUUCAGUAGCGGUGCUGUAUUGUACAGAGCAUGUUCUGUAAUAUUUCCUCUAUUUUACUCAGAAGUGAAGCACUUGGUUCACUAAACGGAAAGGGGAACCAUUUGUGAAUGAAGAACAUACCAAGUCCUAUGGGACUUUUGGAUGAGGAUGUAUAUAACAUAGUACUAUGCCACUUUUAACGUGGAAACCCUUGGACCAAGAUUGGGAUUAAUUUGUUUUUCAAGUUAUUGUAAAUAAAUGUGUAAAUAUAUACUUUAACUUGCAAUUAAAAAUGAAGGCCAAGAUAAGAUACUUAAAUGAUUGUCACCAUGAAUUAGUGCGUGCACAGGAAAUCCAGUUUAUCUUUUGAAUUCAGUGUUUGGGGUGAGUCAUUGUGGAACAAGCAAAUAAAAUGAACAAAUUC